UCUUCCUGAACACUAAGCUCUUUGUUGUAUUCAGGAAGUGGAGUGUUGAGGUCAGUUCGCCUAUCGGUUGGUUCCUGUUUUUAAUUUCAAUAUCUGCACGUUAAUAAAUACUAUCUAGCUUUCAACAUGUCGGCCAGGAACCCAGGAAUGAAGCUCGACCUGGAGUGGAUAUCGAAAGUGAGAGUGAAUACACAGGCUGUCCUGAAGAGAGCUCAGCACAUCCAAGGACAACAGAUCCCCAAGAAACAGUGGCAGGCUGCCUGGCUGCUGAAGGCUGUCACAUGUAUCGAUCUGACAACUCUGGCUGGAGAUGAUACACCGUCCAACGUCCAUCGGCUGUGUCUGAAAGCCAUCCAGCCGGUCCGAUACGACCUGCUCAAGAAAAUGGAUAUGCACAACAAAGGAGUGACUACAGCAGCAGUGUGUGUGUAUCCAUCUCGUGUGGCUGAUGCCGUCAUAUCACUAAAAGCUGCCAACUCCAGCCUUCCUGUUGCCUCAGUGGCCACUGGUUUCCCAGCAGGCCAGACACCACUUGAGACCCGCCUGCAGGAAGUCCGCAUGGCGGUGGCUGGCGGUGCCACCGAGAUCGACAUCGUCAUCAACCGGACGCUCGCCCUCACAGGACAGUGGGAAGCCAUGUAUGAUGAGAUCUGUCAGUUUCGGGAGGCCUGUGGUGACACCCACAUGAAGACCAUCCUGGCUAUUGGAGAGCUGGGCACCUUCACCAAUGUCUACAAGUCCAGCCUGGUCGCAAUGAUGGCUGGUUCGGACUUCAUCAAGACUUCCACAGGAAAGGAGGCUGUCAACGCUACUUACCCUGUAGCCAUAGUGAUGGUGAGGGCCAUCCGUGACUACUUCUUGUGUACAGGCCACAAGGUGGGCUUUAAGCCGGCAGGGGGGAUCCGGACGGCUCAGGAGUCUCUGCUGUGGCUCACUCUGAUCAAAGAGGAGCUGGGCAACGACUGGCUCUGCCCUCUGCUGUUCCGCCUGGGAGCCAGCAGCCUUUUGGCUGACAUCGAGAGGCAGAUCUAUCACCACGUGACUGGACAGUAUGCAGCCUAUCAUGAUCUGCCUAUGGUCUGACGGUGUGGACUUCCUGUUUUAAUGACCAAUCAGAACCUCAGACUUACCACACAAGCCUAUCAGUGCUCAUCCAGGAAGCACACUGACGCAUCUAUUCUGUUAAACACACAGCAAAUCAACUUGCUUAUUUGUUCCAUGAUACCUGUCUGCCCUUUAAUUGGCGGAUGGUUAUUUGACAGUUGACCACAUACAGUAGAUGUCAAUAUGGUCCGAGCUGUGCUUGAAUUUACACACCUUUUUUUUCUUCCAACUUGUAGAUUGCACAAAUUGUUUACUUUUCUGUUAAUGUACAGUGUUGGUAAAUAGGACCCUGGAAAGAAGGUAGAACAGACAGUUGUCCUGAGAGCCACAGAGCUUCCAUCACAUCCAUGAAGCCUCUGGUUCAUGUUGCUUGUGUGAUUCUGCAGUUGCUUGUCAAGUCUCUGACCUGUCCCAGAGAUGUGUGCUGAAUAGGUUAUGGAGGCUUCCUUUGCUCUUAAUUUCAUUAACGGGAAGCUCAACCAACUGAAGAGCGCUGGGGAUUAAUCAGGGGUUAAGUGAGUUUAAAAGAUGUGAUUGAACAGCUCACAAAUUUGAGGCUUCAUUUGAAAACAGAAAACUUCUUUCUUUAAUUAAGAUAUCACAGGCUUUGACCUUGACUGGAACAGAGGAUAAAUGAGUAAAUUAAUUGUGGAGGGAAGGGGAUGUGAGCUUUUGGUGAAAAGGUAGGAUUUGAUGGAAAACUCAUGGGAGAGGGUUGGCUUCAGGACACUGAAGGGCUGGGAAUUAGGCCAUGCUCAGUUAGGAAUUGUAGGGGGUGGUUUGACAAGGUCAAUUACAGAACUGAUAUAUAUAUAAAUGUGUGUGUGUGUGUGUAAUGUGUGUGUGUGUGUGUAUGUAUAUAUAUAUAUAUAUAUAUAUGUAUGUAUAUAUAUAUAUGUAUGUAUAUAUGUAUGUAUAUAUAUGUAUGUAUAUAUAUAUAUGUAUGUAUAUAUGUAUAUAUGUAUGUAUAUAUAUAUAUGUAUGUAUAUAUGUAUAUAUAUGUAUAUAUAUGUAUGUAUAUAUGUAUGUAUGUGUAUAUGUAUGUAUAUAUGUAUGUAUGUGUAUAUAUAUAUGUAUGUAUAUAUAUAUGUAUAUAUGUAUAUGUAUAUAUGUAUAUGUAUAUAUGUAUAUAUGUAUAUAUGUAUAUAUGUAUAUAUAUGUGUAUAUAUAUGUAUAUAUGUAUAUGUAUAUAUGUAUAUAUAUGUAUAUAUGUGUAUAUGUAUAUGUAUGUGUAUAUAUAUAUGUAUAUGUGUGUGUAUAUAUAUAUAUGUAUAUGUGUGUGUAUAUAUAUAUGUAUAUGUGUGUAUAUAUAUAUAUGUAUAUGUGUGUAUAUAUAUAUAUAUGUAUAUGUGUAUAUAUAUAUAUGUAUGUAUGUAUGUAU